GUAAAUUGGAAGCCGUUACCACUGCUUUACAAGCGAUAGGUGCCAAUUACAAGGUACAUACACACAAGCCUGUCGACUCUUACAAGGCAUGGCUGGAUACUGUUUCUGUUUCUAUUCCCGACUCCAUCACUACUGCCUCGCCUAUCAAAACCCUUGUGUUGAAACCUUCCAAAGGAUCCUCUGCAAAAGCCAUUGUCGCUGUGGCUUUGGAAUCAACCAACUUUACUAUUGGUGCUCUUACAAAAAGUCUGGGCUAUAAAGACUCUCGGGUUGCUACUGACGAUCUAGUCAAGACAACCUUGUUUGUGGACAAGAUUGAUGCCACUCCAUUUGCUCUUGUAGAUGUUGAGGAUAAGUCGUCUGUCAUUGUCGUUGUGGAUAAAAAUAUUCCAGUUGCUCCUGGCCACUUGAUAUGUCGUGCCUUUGGUCCAGAUGCUUCGCUGUUUGUGGAAGUUGCCGGAUUCACAAAGUUUUUAGAUGUUCAUGGAGGUGCAUAUACUAUUCACGACUUUUCUGCUCUUGCCGCUGCUGCCCCAUCUGUUUCCAAAGCCAAAAAGGAAGCCACUAGCGAUAUUGUCAAAAAAGAUGCUGCAGAGGGUGAAAAGGAAGUCAUGAUUGGUAUCACUGCCAAGAAAAACGAAGACUUUGCAAACUGGUACUCGCAGGUUCUUUUGCGUGCUGAAAUGAUGGAUUACUAUGAUAUCAGUGGCUGUUACAUUAUUCGUCCGUGGGCGUAUACUAUCUGGAAACACAUCCAAAAGUUCUUUGGAAGCCAUAUUGAGGAACUCGGUGUCGAAGACUGCUAUUUUCCAAUGUUUGUUCCCGAAAAGAACUUGAACAAGGAAAAGGAUCAUAUUGAAGGAUUUUCGCCUGAAGUUGCAUGGGUUACUCGAGCCGGUCAAUCCGAUCUUGCUGAGCCUAUUGCUAUUCGUCCUACUUCUGAGACGGUCAUGUAUCCCUAUUAUUCUACCUGGAUCCGCAGUCAUCGUGACCUUCCUUUGCGUCUAAACCAGUGGUGUAACGUUGUGCGAUGGGAAUUCAAACACCCACAGCCUUUCCUUCGUACUCGUGAGUUUUUAUGGCAGGAGGGUCACACUGCUUUUGCUACCAAGGAAGAGGCUGAUACUGAAGUGCUUCAAAUCUUGGACCUUUACCGCCGUGUUUAUGAAGAAAUUCUUGCUGUUCCCGUUGUUCCUGGCCGCAAAUCGGAAAAGGAAAAGUUUGCUGGUGGUUUAUACACCACCACUGUAGAAGGAUUUGUUCCUACUACUGGCCGUGCUAUCCAAUGUGCUACAUCUCACUGUCUUGGUCAAAACUUUUCCAAGAUGUUCAAGAUUUUAAUGGAGAACGAUGCUCGUGAACGUGUCAAUGUCUGGCAAAACUCGUGGGGCUUGACCACUCGAACUAUUGGUGUGAUGGUGAUGGUUCAUGGUGACGACAAGGGUUUGAUUCUUCCUCCGCGCGUUGCAUCUAUUCAGGUGGUCGUAGUUCCUGUUGGCAUUACUGCCAAAACAUCGUUGGAAGAUCGCGCUGCCAUUAAUGACAAGGCUGAAGAGCUUACUGCCGUGCUUAAAAAGGCAGGGAUUCGAUCCAAGUCUGACUGUCGCGACAACUACUCUCCUGGAUACAAGUAUAAUCACUGGGAGCUCAAAGGAGUUCCUUUGCGACUUGAAGUUGGUCCCAAGGACAUUGCAAAGAACGAAACCCGCUGCGUGCGCCGUGACAAUGGUGCUGCACAGCAACUAUCUCUUGUAGAUAUUUCCACAACUGUUUCCACAAUGCUUGAGACUGUGCAAACAGCCAUGUUUGAAAAGGCAAGAAAGGAGCGUGACUCGCGGAUUGUGCAGCUUGAAACUUGGGACAAGUUUGUCGAGAGUCUGAAUAACAAAUGCAUGGUGAUCGCUCCUUGGUGUGAAGAGGUUGCUUGCGAGGAGAGCGUGAAAGAACGCAGUUCCGGAAGUGCUACCGAGGGAGAUGAACCAAUGGACGACAAGGCUCCAUCAAUGGGUGCCAAAUCUCUUUGUAUUCCAUUCAAGCAGCCAGAGGGAGGUGUCAAGGAAGGUGCCCAAUGCUUUGCCUGCGAGAAAAAGGCAGUCAGUUACACACUCUGGGGUCGUUCUUACUAGAUGACUUUUUCUCCAAAGCGAUUAAAGCUUGCUAGAUCUCUGCUGUUGACUAUUGAUGAUGGCGGUGUCGCUGAUCUUUUGAAAAAAUAAAAACAAGAUGUGAUCGAGU